AUGAACCUCCAGUCUGCCCUUCUCAUCAUCUGCCUUUCCCUUCUUAUUUCUGGUUCCUGUGAGUUCUUCGCUGAAGCCAAUUAUUCUCGAAGCUUUCCUUGCGAUGAGAGAAAGCAGAACGGCUCCAUUAUUGCAAUGUGUAACUAUCGUCAACUGGAAGAAGUGCCCCAAACAGUGGGCAAAUAUGUGACUGAACUAGACCUGUCUGAGAAUUUCAUCAGACACAUAACGAAUGAAUCUUUUCAAGGACUGCAAAAUCUUACAAAAAUCAAUCUCAACCACAAUUCAAAGCUACAGUAUCAGAAUGAAAAUCCUGAUCGGAAUAAAGAUGGCAUGAAAAUCACAGAUGGGGCAUUCCAAAACCUAAAAAACCUAAGGGAGUUACUGCUUGAAGACAACCGGUUGUACAAAAUACCUUCGGGUUUGCCAGAGUCUUUGAGAUAUCUCAGUCUCAUCCAAACCAAUAUUACUGUGGUAACUAAAAAGAACACUUCAGGACUAAUGCACUUGGAAAGUCUCUAUUUAGGCUGGAACUGCUAUUUUGGCCAUGAUUGCAAAAAUACUUUUGACAUUGAAGAUGGAACGUUUGAAAAACUUACACAGUUGAAGGUACUAUCACUCUCUUUCAACACUCUUCUCCGUGUGCCACCCAAACUACCUAGCUCCCUAACAGAACUUUAUCUUAGCAACACCAAGAUCCAAAAUAUCAGUCAAGAAGACUUCAAGGGACUGAAAAAUUUAACGCUAUUAGAUUUAAGCGGGAACUGUCCAAGGUGCUUCAACGCACCGUUUCCCUGCCAACCUUGUCAAGGAAAUACUUCACUUCAGAUACAUCCCCUUGCUUUUCAAACCCUGACCCAACUUCUGUACCUAAACCUCUCCAGUACUUCCCUCAAGACAAUUCCUGCAAGCUGGUUUUACAAUAUGAGUCAACUAAAGGUGCUGUAUCUUGAAUUCAACUAUUUAGUAAAUGAAAUCGCGUCUGGGGCAUUUUUAGCAUACUUACCAUAUUUAAAAAUCCUUGACUUAUCAUUUAACUAUGUAAGGACAGCAUAUCCACAACAUAUUAUUAUUUCCCAAAACUUCUCUAAGCUUGUGUCUCUCGAGGUAUUGCAUUUACGAGGUUAUGUAUUCCAGGAACUUAGAAGAGAAGACUUCUGUCCCCUGAUGGUACUUCCCAACUUGAGGGUUAUCAACUUGGGGAUUAAUUUCAUUAAGCAAAUUGAUUUUACCAUUUUCCAAAAUUUUUCCAACCUGAGUGUUAUUUAUUUGUCAGAAAAUAGAAUAUCACCCUUGGUAAAUGACAUCAGACAAACUUCUGCAAACAGUUCAUCUUCCCAAAAUCAUAUCCGGAAACCACGCUCGGCAUCUACCCAGUUUGACCCACAUUCGAAUUUUUAUCAUAACACUCAUCCUUUAGUAAAGCCACAGUGUAGCAAUUAUGGCAAAGUCUUAGAUUUAAGCUUGAACAAUAUUUUCUUUAUUGGGCAAAAGCAAUUUGAAUCUUUUGGUGACAUUGCCUGCUUAAAUCUGUCUUCAAAUGGCAAUGCCCAAGUGUUGCAUGGCACUGAGUUUUUGGCGGUGCGUCACGUCAAAUAUUUGGAUCUGACAAACAAUAGACUAGACUUUGAUGAUGAUAGAGCUCUCACUGAAUUGGUUGACUUGGAAGUCCUAGAUCUUAGCUACAAUUCACACUAUUUCAGAAUAGCCGGGGUAACCCAUCGUCUAGGAUUUAUUAAAAACUUAACCCACCUGAAAGUUUUGAACUUGAGCCACAACAACAUCUACACUUUAACUGAGUUUGAACUGAUCAGCACGUCCCUGGAAGAGUUGGUCUUCAGUGGAAACCGCCUUGAUCUUUUGUGGUACGGUGAAGACAGCCGGUACUGGCACAUUUUCACAAGUCUCCGGAAUCUGACCCGGCUUGAUUUAUCCUACAACAACCUCCGGCACAUCCCGAAUAAAGCAUUUCUUAACUUGCCCCAGAGCCUUACAGAACUAUAUCUGAAUAAUAAUAUCCUAAAGGUCUUUAACUGGACAUUACUCCAGCGAUUUCCUCAUCUCCGCUUGCUCGACUUAAGUAGAAACAAGCUAUCCAUCUUAACCAAUAGCCUGUCUACAUUUGCGUCUUCUCUUCAGAAAUUGCUACUGAGUCAGAACAAGAUUGCCCAUUUGUCCUCUGGGUUCUUGGCCGGAGCCAGCAAUCUGGUCCACCUUGAUUUACGUGACAACCUGCUAAAGGGUAUCAACAGAUCCACGCUUCAAACUAAAACACCCACCAAGCUAGCUAUCUUGAAAUUAGGCGGUAACCCUUUUGACUGCACAUGUGACAUUGGAGAUUUUCGAAGAUGGAUGGAUGAGAAUCUGAACGUUUCAAUCCCUAGACUGACAGAUGUCAUCUGUGCCAGUCCUGGGGAUCAAAGAGGGAAGUGUAUUGUAACUCUAGAGUUAACCACUUGUGUCUCCGAUACCAUUGCGGCUAUAUUAUUUUUCUUCACAUUCUUUAUCACCUCCAUGGUUAUGUUGGUUGCACUGGCUCACCAUUUGUUUUACUGGGAUGUCUGGUUUAUCUACCAUGUGUGUUUAGCCAAGAUAAAAGGGUACAGGUCUCUUUCCACAUCACAAACUUUCUACGAUGCUUACAUUUCUUAUGACACCAAAGACGCCUCUGUCACCGACUGGGUGAUAAAUGAGCUGCGCUUCCACCUAGAGGAGGGUGAAGACAAAAAUGUUCUCCUUUGUUUGGAGGAGAGGGAUUGGGACCCGGGAUUAGCCAUCAUUGAUAACCUCAUGCAGAGCAUCAACCAAAGCAAAAAAACCAUUUUCGUUUUAACCAAAACAUAUGCCAAGAACUGGAACUUUAAGACGGCUUUCUACUUGGCACUGCAGAGGCUGAUGGAGGAGAACCUGGAUGUAAUCGUUUUCAUUCUCUUGGAGCCAGUGUUACAGCAGUCUCAGUAUCUGCGACUGCGCCAGCGAAUCUGCAAGAGCUCCAUCCUCCAGUGGCCGAACAACCCCAAGGCGGAGGGCCUUUUCUGGCAAAGUCUCAGAAACGUGGUUUUAACUGCAAAUGAUUCACGGUACAACAAUUUGUACACUGAUUCCAUUAAACAGUACUAACUGA